CUCGAGCCACCCCCGAGUCCCCGCCAGACGCACGUUCUACCGACUCCAAGUGCUGAGCUCCGGUCGAAUCCUUGUGUGACACUCACGGCGCGACACUAUGGCUUCCGCUCUGAAUAAACGCCAGCAGGCGCGCAAUGAGCGCACGCUGCAGGAGCUGAUCAAGACGGUGCCUGGCAACGGGACCUGCGCCGACUGCGGUGCGAAGAACCCAGGAUGGGCAAGCUGGAGCUUGGGCAUCUUUCUGUGCAUGCGCUGCGCGGCCCUCCACCGCAAGCUGGGGACGCACAUCUCGAAGGUCAAGUCGCUGAGUAUGGACAAAUGGGACAAUGCGCAGGUCGAUAACAUGAAGCGCAUUGGCAACGCCGAGUCGAACAAGAUGUACAAUCCCCGCGGCACGAGAGCCCACUUGCCAAUCGAUGUUGACGAAGUGGACGGAGCUAUGGAGCGCUACAUACGGCAGAAGUACGAACAGCGCGUGUUCAUGAGCGCCUCGCAGCCGGGCACACGACACAACACUGGCAGCACAAGCUCUGAGGACAGACCGCCGCCACUGCCGCCGAAGCCUACCGGGCGAUUUGGAUUUGGGCUGAGGAAGACUUCAACGUCUAAGUCUCCGCCGGUGUCUCCAGGUCUGGGCUUUGAGAUCUCGCAGACCUCUCCGCCACGCGUGAACAAGCCGUCUCGAGUCUUUGGAUCGAACAUACACACAUCGGGCGAUGGGCUGGACUCGAAACUGGCGACGCUCAGAGACAUGGGUUUUCCGGACGACAAGCGCAACUCGACGGUACUCAAGGGCUUGAACGGUAAUCUGGACAGGACGGUGGAGGCUUUGAUCCGGCUGGGAGAGCAGAACUCAGGGAGAUCUGGACGAACAACACCUACUCCACCAGCAAAGAACGGCGCAAACGGCCUGUCUUUUGACAACGUACCACAGAGCACACCUGCUGGGGCUUCACCGAACCCGUUCGAUGCGCUCGACGCCGCGCCUCUGGCUCAGCAGCAACAGCCGCAGAGCCAGCAGUUCAGUUACGGCGGCCAGCAACAGGCGACCCAGCAAGCGAACUUGUACAACCCGUUCCUGUCACAGGGUCAGCAAGGCCAGUAUCAACAACAGGGAGAAGCACAGCAGCAGCAGAACUACACCCAGCAGGGACAGUAUCAGCAGCAGCAGCAGCAGCAACAGAGCUACGGCCAGUCAUACAAUCCCUUCGGCCAACAGCAACAGCAGCAACAACAGCAAUCACAGCAAAGCCUCGAGCAGCAAUUCCAGGGAUUGGGGUUCUCCCAACAGCAGCCUCAGCAGUAUCAACAACCCCAACCUACGGCGCAACCACUGUUUCCUAAUAGAACAGGUGGACUAAUACAGCCUAACCCGCCUUUCGCGCAAACGAACCCAUUCCAACAAUCCUUCCCACCACCUCCAAUGCCACAGAUACCCGAGCAAUAUAGCUCAUUUUACGCACCGCAACCACAAUACCAGUCGAUGUCUCAGCCUGCAAGCCCAGGAAACCCCUUCCUGAAAUCCUCGAAAAGUCAGAUCUUUGCACCUUCAGCAAACUCCAAUCCGUUCGGAUCAAAUCUUGGCCAGCAACCUCCGCAACUUCAACAACAGCAUACUGCGCAGCAGCAAGCCUUCAACCCUUGGAACUCCCAGCAACAGACGCAGACCCCAACGAUACAAGCCCCCAACCCUUUUAACAGCAUGGGACAGAGCUACCAACAGACACAGACCCCUACAGCUCAAGCGCCGAACCCGUGGCAGUACCAGCAACAACCCGCCCAACAACCCAGCUACACACAGAACAAUACGCCCUUCGAUAGGUACGCAGCAUUCUCACAGUACAACCAGCAGCAACCUGGGCCCCAGCGCUCCGCAACAAUGCCGAACCUGCUCGUGGGCCAGACUGCUGCAGGCGCACAGGCAUCAGCUCCAGCAGCACCUGCUGCACCUGCUGUACCGGCAGCAAACAACACGCUAUCGUUUUCUGGCCAUUCCAAUCCAUUCCAGAGCGCAGCGCCCAUGCAAGCUGCGCCGCAAGCUGCACCACAGUCUCAGCCUCUGUCCGCGUUGCAGACACAAGGAAGCAGGCAUGUGAGCACUGAGAGCGUGGACUUCACGGGGCUGAUGGGUGGGAGGCAUAGUCCUGAUGCAUUUGGCAGCCUGAGUUCGAGCUUCAGGAGGUGAGCGUGUGCAUGGAAGGUGGGGGCGUUGUGCAUAGCGUGCGUCGCGUUUGACUUUUGAGAUAGAGGACACAGGGACUCAAUCCAUCGCGGAAAGCAAUCGAGUAGCGUAGCAAUUUAAUCAGUUCUUUCCUUGAA